GAUCUUGGCUGGAGCUGUCAAAACCACGCCUAUGAAGCUCUACAAUUGGUCCAGAAUGCGUAAAAUCUGCAAUCAAGACGGUCUGGUUCAUUAGUGCGGGGAUCCAGUGAGAAGGGGCAUGUAAGACAGACACAGUUACACAGUGGUCAGGGAAGAACCUCCAAUUCUUCAACAGUGCUUACGACUUUCGCAUCCUUGAUUUUGGGGCUGCUUUAAUUCUAACGCCUAUUGCAGAAGGAAAACUAUAAAUCUAAACCGAAGUGUCAAUAUUGCUCUUUUGAAGGAUAUUAUCACUGUGCUGCAACUGGACAUCCUCAAAUGGUAGUGACAUUUCCUACCAUUCCUCUUCAACUACUGUGAAAUCAACAGUCUUUCAGUGGCAAGAGCGCGACAGUCAGUCGGACUUACGAGUUGUUUUUACAGGCGCAAUUAUUAUUUUUUUUAGAAUAUUAUACUUUCAUCUGGCUUUUUGGAUGCACCGAUGAGAGAUCCAGUUUUCACAGCGAACGCUAUGGCUUAUCACCCUUUUCACGCGCACAGGCCGGCCGACUUUCCCAUGUCAGCUUUCCUUGCGGCGGCUCAACCUUCGUUCUUUCCAGCGCUCACUUUACCACCGGGUCUCAGUAAACCGCUGGCGGAUCAUGCGCUCUCCGGUGCGGCUGAAGCCGGUUUACACGCGGCGCUUGGACAUCACCACCAGGCGGCUCAUCUGCGCUCUUUCAAGGGUCUCGAGCCAGAGGAGGACGUCGAGGACGAUCCUAAAGUUACAUUAGAAGCUAAGGAGCUUUGGGAUCAAUUCCACAAAAUUGGAACAGAAAUGGUCAUCACUAAAUCAGGAAGGAGAAUGUUUCCUCCGUUCAAGGUGCGGGUGAACGGCCUGGACAAAAAAGCCAAGUAUAUACUUUUGAUGGAUAUUGUUGCGGCAGAUGACUGUCGGUACAAAUUUCACAACUCUCGAUGGAUGGUCGCAGGAAAGGCCGAUCCGGAGAUGCCCAAACGAAUGUACAUUCACCCAGAUAGCCCGGCUACGGGUGAACAAUGGAUGGCAAAGCCUGUUGCUUUCCAUAAACUCAAGCUCACCAACAAUAUUUCGGAUAAACAUGGAUUUACAAUUCUAAAUUCAAUGCACAAAUACCAGCCCAGGUUUCAUAUCGUUAGAGCCAACGACAUUCUGAAGCUUCCUUAUAGCACCUUCAGGACAUAUGUAUUUCCCGAGACCGAUUUUAUAGCUGUCACUGCAUAUCAGAAUGAUAAGAUCACACAACUGAAAAUCGAUAAUAAUCCAUUUGCAAAAGGAUUCAGAGACACUGGGAAUGGAAGAAGAGAAAAAAGUUUAAAUUUCAGAAAACAGUUAGCCCUGCCUUCAAUGCGCAUGUAUGAUGAUCAAUGCAAAGUAGACCGAGAUGGAGGAGAUUCGGACGACUCAUCUUGCGAACAAACUACUGGGAGAGAUUCAGUUCACUCACCGACUGGACCAGCAACAAGUCCGCUGAAAUGUAACAGAUCUAGAGAAGACAAAAACUGCAAUGAAAGUGACAAUGAACUUGACCAGCAUGAUGACGGGAUGAUCAGAGUCAGUAGUCCAGAACAGAGGCCACAAUCACCAUUCAGCCCACGUUGCGAGGACAGAGUCAAGGACAGAUUGAACCUAGAAAAGAAAGGGGACUACUCAGAUUCAAGGAAAGAGAAUGACUCUGCCUUUAGCAUCAGACAUUUGGACAAGGACAAACUGGAUGCUAGAAACUUGAAAGAUCAAGAAUCCUCCAAAAAGGAAGCAGACUCUGUGAGCAUGAGCACAGUCAAAGAUAGCUUUUCUCCUCUUAUGGUUCAAACAGAGAACCCAUCACAUUUCAGCGCAAGUCAUUUGCAAAGUCUAGCCCUCUCUGGUUUACACAAUCAACAUUUCUUUAAUCCACUGAGUUCAGGACAAUCACUCUUAUUUCACCCCGGGCAAUUUGCUAUGACUCCCAGUGCUUUCUCAACCAUGGGCAUGGGACACUUGUUAGCCUCAAUGUCUGGAGCAAGUGGACUAGAGAAUGGCAGCCUCUCCUCUCAGAGUACAAGCUCACCCAACCCUUUCCCAUUCCACCUAUCACAACAUAUGCUUGCAUCUCAGGGUAUCUCCAUGCCACCGUUCGGAGGAUUGCUACCCUACCCAUACACGUACAUGGCGGCUGCAGCUGCAGCGGCCUCUGCUCUCCCCGCAGGCAGCGCCGCGUCCUCCCUCAGCCGGAACCCCUUUCUCAGCAACACGCGGCCAAGGUUGCGAUUCAACCCUUAUCAGAUCCCAGUGUCUUUUUCCCAGAGCUCCGGUCUGCUCACCACCGGCAUACCAAGCACUUUGAGUGCGGAAUCCGAGUCAUCAAAAUCAGGCAGCAGAGAGAGCAGUCCCAUGUCUGAGCACCACAGCCAUAAAACGGGAAACGGCCAGAAUACGGGAUCUCCGAAAUCUUCAGGGAAGGAUUCCAUUAAUGAACUGCAGAAUAUACAAAGAUUAGUCAGCGGACUGGAGAAACACAGAGACGCAUCACCUCGUAGCGAUUCACCAAAGUGACUCCAUGAUAUCACCACCUCCGACUAUUUCUUUCUAAUUUCACAACUAUAAUUCAUCGAAAAAGAUACAGUUUGGCGUUUGAAGUUAUGGCUCAGACAUUGGAACAUCUAUGGGCCCAUUCCUGGAUUUCGAUUAGAACGUUACGCACCAUUUUUGGAUAUACAAUGCUGAUUAUAAAGAAGGAGCGUCUUUGAUUUGGCAAAGCCAUGUUCUGACAAAAAAGCGCAAAACUUCUGGACUCUUUGAAUUUAGUCAUCAUCCAUAUUCAAAACAUUUUAGAACCACGCUUUUCUGUGUAUUUUAAAAAGGACUGUAAACGCAGCAAUGCGAAAACAACAGAGAAUGAUCUACGUUUGAAUUGCUUGUGUCUGGGACCUGUUUUUCUAAUUAUUUAUAAUAGCUAAUAAAAGUAGGCUAAAACACGUAUGUAAAUAAGGUUAAUGGACUGAAUAAGAAGAAUUUUAAUUUAUUCUAAACUGUACAUUGGUGUGUAAAUACUAUUAGGUCUCGAUUUGUUACAUUUAUAUAUAUUUUACCAUUUAAAAAUAUGAACAUUAUCUAGCGCUUGAUAGCAGGAAAACGAAUGUGUUAUGUUUGUGAUAUCCUGAAAGAUAGGCUGUAAGGAAAAGCCACUGUAAAUCUAAAUCUCUGGUGACAAUUGAAAGCUAUUACAUUUAUAGCUAAAUUCAACAAAAGAUGUUUAAAUUCAGUGUGGGUCCAUAGACAAGGAAAACUCAGGUUUCUUUAUAAUCUCGCAUUGAGAAGGUCAUGUGCAGUCUUAUGAGACCUAUGUUUAAACAUCUCGGUGCUGGAUUUUCGGGUAAAUGAGCGUUUUUGUUGCAUUCUCUCAGUUUAAAUAAAACAAAAGUGUUUUA